AUGCUGCCGGCGCUGAGGCGCUGCCGCCCGGGGCCGGCCCUGGGGGCCGCGCUGGGCCCCGCCGCCCCACCGGGACCCGGCCCCGGCCCCGGCCCGGGAGCCGGCCCCGCCUGGGGGCCGCGGCUGGUCCCGGCGCGGGGCCGCAAGACGCGGCACGACCCCCCCGCCAAGUCCAAGGCGUCGCGGCUGAAGGUGCCGCCGCCCGUCGACCCCGAGGAGCUGCUGGUGGUGAUGGAGCGGUACCGGCAGCACCGGCUGGUCCUCGGCGCCCUCCGGGCCGAGUUCAGGGCCGAGGUGCUGCAGAAGAAGCGGGAGGCCCUGCUGUCCCAGGAGGACUCGGCGGAGCUGACGGCGGAGCACCGGCGCCUGAUGGCCUGGAACGAGGCGGAGAACGCCCGGCAGCGGGCACGCAGAGAGGAAAGAAUUCGGAAAGAAGAGGAAGAACAGAAGAGGCAGAAGUUGCAGGCUGCGGAGAGCAAGGCCAGGAUAAUGGAGGCUUUCCUGAAGGAGAAGGAGAAGGAGGUUCUCCGGCUGCAGGAGGAAGCCAAAACGUUCAUCACCCCCGAGAACCUGGACGCACGGAUCGAGGAGUGCCUGGACAACCCGCGCAACUACAACUUCGCCGUCGACAAGGACGGGCGGAUCGUCAAACGGACGGUGUUGUCCUAACGGCCCCGGCCUGGGAUAUGGGGCGGGUGCUGGUUUCUGUCCAGAAGCUCCGCUUACGAGCCGGUUGCUUCCUUUUAAUGUAUAAAUCGACGACAGAAUUGUUGGAGAAAGCCU